AUGGUCCUUCUGAUUUUGCGAAACUCGACAAGAGUGUCGCGAAAUAUCUUAGGAUGUCGGCAUUAUCGGGGCCUACUCACCCUAGCAAUCGAAACAUCAUGUGACGAUACAUCUGUAGCGGUUAUCGAAAAGAACAAUGGAAAAGCCAAGAUCCAUUUCCUGGAAAACAUCACGGCUGAUUGCCGAGAACAUCGUGGCAUUCACCCGAUCCUCGCCCUCGAAUCUCAUCAAGAGAACCUUGCAUGUCUCGUCGACAAAGCUCUCCGAUAUCUACCGUCGCCAAGUAACGGUGAGAAGUCAAUAGAUCUAGCAGACGGAACAAAGUGCCGUCGGCCGGAUUUCAUCUCGGCUACCCGAGGACCUGGGAUGCGGUCAAAUCUGUCUGUCGGACUCGAUACCGGAAAGGCACUCUCUGUUGCUUGGCAGAUUCCCAUGGUCGGGGUACACCAUAUGCAGGCACACAUGCUAACUCCACGGCUGGUAUCAUGUCUGGAAGAAAGAAAAAGUCAAACUUCUGAAGGGACUGCAUCACUCCAGUUUCCGUUCCUAUCAAUCCUGGUAUCCGGUGGACAUUCGAUGCUGGUCCACUCCAAGUCUAUGACGGACCAUAAGAUUCUGGCUUCCAGCGAAGAUAUCGCGAUAGGCGAAACAAUUGACAAAUCUGCUCGGGAGAUCAUCCCUGCGGAUUUGCUAAAGGAGUCUAAGACCACAAUGUACGGCAAAGCCCUGGAACAAUUCGUCUUUCCAAAUGGCAAAGAAGAUUUUGCGGAUUAUCGUCCGCCAAUGAAUCGAGGAGAGGAAGUGAUCAAGCGACAAAGUCGAUGGGGUUGGAGUGUUACAACCCCAUUCGCAAAUACUCGCACACUGCAGCUCAGUUUUUCAUCUGUCGCGAGCAUGGUGAAUAAAAUUAUUAAGAACAAGGAUGGGGAAAUGUCGCGUGAAGAACGAGUGGAUCUGGGCCGGGAAAUUAUGCGCGUCUCUUUCGAGCAUCUUGCGUCGCGAACUAUCAUUGCCCUCGAUGCUUUGCGCCUACGCCACAGUGAUGAAAAGGAGAUCAAAACUGUGGUAGUCAGUGGCGGUGUUGCAGCGAACAAAUUCCUCAUGGCGGUGCUUCGAUCAUUUUUGGACGUGCGUGGCUUUGAAAAGAUGGAAAUUAUUGCACCACCUCCAUACUUGUGCACGGACAAUGCUGCGAUGAUCGGAUGGGCGGCCAUUGAGAUGUUUGAGAGCGGCUAUACCACAGAUUUGAAGUGUCGUGCUAUUCGUAAAUGGACCCUUGAUUCGCAAGCCGAGGAUGGUGGAAUCCUAGGCCUGGAUGGAUGGAUCAAGGAUGGAGCAGCUAUUUGA